CUAUGCCCGCACUCAUGCGGUUGUUCUGCGUCUUCCGGAAGUGGUAACGGGUUGGUYGCGAAGCAUGAAGAAGGCGUGGYUGGKGGCAUGCGAAGAUCUCUGGCUUAUGGGGAGGGGACCCUGGAGGGGAAGGAUCGAUGUUGAAGGCGCAUUGRCYCUCGUCUACACAGCGCCUAYGACAGAGCUAAGGGAUUGGUUGCUGAAUGAAAGGAAACUUGAGACGAUCAAAGUUGGAGGUGAGAUCUUGGAUGUCUCCAUUAAAGCAUGGAGGUCGCCGACGGAGAUUGAAUUUCAACGUGGGGAAGAACGUCGGCGAUGGCCAUGGGUGAAGGUCUUUGCGACUCCAACUAACGUGGCGCCGUUGGUGCGCCCAACAGUGGAACAAUUUUUCGGCGAGAUAGUUUGCUCAUCAAAACAUGCAGACGACGACCGGGAAUAUGAGAAGUUUGUAAUCAAAGGGCCGUUAAAACCGAACGUCACGAAAGUGGGAGUGGCUACGGGCCCCUCCACUGUACACGAUCUUCGCUAUGUUACUAGCGAAACUCCAUUUUGUGAGAUUUGCUACACGCACGGCCACUUGGGAAAGGAGGGGCGAUGCCUAUCCAGAACAGAAACGGCUAGGGAAUUACAGGAGAAAGAGAUGCGAAGGAGAUUGGAUCCUAUUCUAACCUCGAAUUUUGCCGAAGAACAGAGGAUGUGGAGUGAGGUGGAACUCAAAUUUGAUAAGGAGAUUGUUUUGGAGGCAAGGACGGAGCAAGUCUCUAAAAAUCAAAUGGGAAGGGGCGACAAAGAAGGAAGGACGAGUGAGAGAAGGGAGAGAAGUUCUAGGAGAAACCGUCCAGCAACUUCUUAUGAUCGCAUGGACGUUGACGACAUCAACCCGCGAUGGCUCUUUGGGGACGACAAACGCAAGUAUCGAGAAGGCUCGCACGAUGAAGAAGGAAGGGACAAACGGCAGUGCAGCUCGGCGAACCCAACUACUGUCAUCAAUGAAGAGCGACCGCAAGACAAGCAUAUCGACCCAGCUUCUCACUCGAAAGAUGGGCAAAACGUUAACGCAGACCAAGAGAAGGAAGCUGACGAAGACUCACAAGGCGAACCACUCAUUGACAGGCGACAAAAGGGGAAAGAGGAGCAGCUUAACAUGGGCUGUGACAAAGGGGUGCAAACCGAAGACAUUCACGAGACAUUUGCUGAACAGGAAGUGGGAGUGGACGGAGCUGGUGCAAGCGCUGCGGACCACACUACCCAGGAAGUGGGCGAAGCGAGUGGUUUGCAUACCGAAGCUGAACCUGCACGCCAAACGGUGGAGCCGGAACAAGGAACUACCGUUGAUGUCCGCGGCCAGGAAGAGAAGUACCACGGCAAACAGUCUACAACCAAGGAAACGCUUGAAGGUGAACAGUCUCCAGCCAAGGUAACGCGUGAAGAUUCGGAUAUUCAGCGUAAUAUUGCUCGCAACGAAACACAGGAGGGAGAGGAAUUAACUCUCAACGUUGGGAAUGAGGCUCAGAACGAUGGUGGUACUCAUGAAAUAGCGAAUGACCACUUCCAAGACAAGGACGCAGAAGAAAGCCCGGGCACAGCAGAAUUGGAGGUGGAAAAACAAGAGGAAGAACAAAUGCAGAGAGAAAUCAUGCUGCCCCCUCCCCACCCCCCCCCUCUCCCGGGUGAUGAUCAAAGGACAAACGAGGUAAAUGGGGGUGCACCCCCUCAUCCAGCGGAAGGUAUUAUUGAAGUGAGCGAAGAUACAUGUAUUACGAGGGGAGGAGGAAUUCCACAAGGCGUGAGUGAAGAAGAGAAGGGAAGGGUUGAUCAAACACGCCAGAGGAGAAAGAAGAAGCAAUUGGCGUCCCGGCCAUCAUCGACUGCUGAAAAUGCUAUGGAGGAAGGCCAGUCAGAAGAGACCCCCAUAGGUGCUGUGCCAAGAGAAUGGGAACGAUCUCCUUUGCCGAGGCAUCCACCACCAAUCGACCGCCCCACUAGGCGACGCUUUGUGUCCUCGGAGAGAAGGACGUUGGACCUGCUAUCUCGACAAUCCGGACAGAGAAAGGGGAAGGGUAAACAAUGCCCGACCCCGGACCCCUGUCCGUACGAUCUAAGUUCGGGUCCGGGGGAUUCAUUAAGACCAGAUGACGGGGGCGAUGGAGGUGCCAACGUAAUCCCUGAGAUGGAGAGGGACGACAUUGACAUGGGCUAUCUCGUCCAAGAUUCAGAAGAAGAGGCUGACGAGGCGUCCCAACAGAGGGACCCUUCUUUCAUGACGACGGAUCGAGGGGGGUCCCCGUACAAAGCGACGGUCCAAAGCUCACUCCAAGCGGUGAUGGCAGCGGGCGAAUGCCAUGUCUGCCCGAUUAUCCUGUGGUGGUCGGACCCGGAGAUUUUGGUUCUCACUAAGGGCACGGACCGGUUCUUCACGUUUACUUCCAAGGAACUUCCCCGCAAUUCGAGCAUCAGCCGUCAGGUUAACAGAUGGGUGGGAUCGCACUUUAAUGUCAGAAUACUUCCAAAAGUCUCGAUUGGUCACUUCUUCCGUCGUCCCCCCCAAGGACCCGAGUAUGGACUGUGUAUCUAUUUCGUGGCAGCAGAAUCAAAGAAGGUAGGAUUCCCUCAACAGGCGCACAGAGACGCCAUGUGGACAAAAUUUUCGUUAAUUUUCGGCCCUGAUGCCAGCCCGCGAGACUACACGAUUGUCAAAGAGUUCUCGGCAGGCAUCCUGCAGCGCCUCAAUUGCAGAAUCCCUCCGGAACAGAAGAUCGGUUCUUCAAACUUUUGCUCGGCGACUAGUUGGUGGAGUUAGAGUAUUUAGAGUAAUUAGGUAGGCGGAAUUAGAGUUACUAGAUUGAUAACAUAGAGUAGGAUCACGUUCAAAUUUAGGA